AUGGCAGCCAUCAGCAGCUGGAUGCUGGCACUCCUGUUGGCACUCCUGUGCCCGUUCCAGAUGCCACUCUCCGGACUGGGAAAUGCUGAGGAGGUGGGUAUGGAGGAGGUCCACCGUGGAGACUCAGAGGAGGAGGGUCACCUAGAGGAGGAGUUGGCGGGUGAUGAUGGCGAUGAUGAGGGUGGAGCUGGAGAGGAAGAAGAAGAAAACAUAGGGGAGGAAGAGGUUAAUGAAGAGGAAGGAGAGGAGGAGAGUGAUGAAGAAGAGGCGGGAGGAGAAGAAGAGCUGUGGGAGGCUGAGAAAGAGGAGGCUGAGGCUGAUGAAGAGGUAGAGGAGGCUGCAGAGGAAGAUGUGGCUGCCGAAGCCCAGGAAGAGAACGAUGAAGGUGAUGACGAGGAAAGAGAUAAAACUGAAGAGGUAGAUGAGGGAGAGGAAGCUGAGGACGAUGGCGAGGAUGAAGAGGAGGCAGCAGAGGAAGAGGAAGACAGUGAGGAAGAGGAGGUGGCUGAGAAGGAAGAUGAAGCAACUGAGGAGGAGGCGGCAGAUGAGGAAGAGGAUGAAUCUGAGGAUGAAGAGGCAGUGGAGGAAGAGGUGGAGGAGAAGAGUAAUGAAGAGGAGGCAGUGGAGGAAGAGGAGAGUGACGAAGAGGAUGCAGGGGAAGCAAUAGAAGAAGCGGAGGAAGAGGAGAGUGACGAAGAGGAGGCAGUGGAGGAAAAGGAAGAGGAGGGUGAUGAAGAGGAGGCAGCAGAGGUGUUGGAGGGAGAGGAGAGUGAUGAAGAGGAGGGUGAUGAGGAGGGUGAAAGUGAUGCCGAAGAGGAGGAAGAGGUGACUGAAGUUCAGGGAGACGAUGCAGAGGAAGAUGAAGAGGAUCCUGAACAUGACUCCCAUGUAGAGAGUGAGGCUGACGAGAGUGAGGAGGAAGAGGAGGAGACCAGUGCUUCACACUUCCAUUCAGGAUCCCUGUGUAGUGUCUGCUCCAUCUGUCAGCAUUGUGACAGCUGUGACCAGUGUCCCUGUGAGGAGGGGGAGCAGGCAGACCACUGUCUACACUGCCAUGAGUGCUCCUACUGCUACGUCUGUCCGCUGCUGUGUGACACCGUCUGCACACCGGGUGGCCUUGUGGAUGAGCUAAGUAGCUCCCUCUUUCAGUAA